UAUAGUUUUUUCCCCCCGGCAUGCUAAAAAACGAAACAGAAAUAGUGAGCACAUAUACUAAAUAGAAACUGAUAUUAUCAUAUCAGCUAAUAAAACGUUAAAUAAUAAUCUUUACUUAGACAAAAACGAAGAAAAACGUGCGAUUCUGGUCCUACGUUUUCAAGAGGCUUUCUUUCUAGUGUAAGUAAACGUGAUGACAGCGGCUGUAGUGUAGUACAACGCAGACAACCGGCUUGAGUGGAGAAAGCGUGGUGUAUUCGUGCAAUUCAAGGAGAAACACUGAAACUGCCAUAUUUUAAAGCGCGUUUAGAAAAUAAAAGCACGGACACUUUCUAAAUAAAUUACAUGGGGCUUCAUUCAUAUGUUUUUUUAUUUUAAAACUUUUAUUUUACAAAAUAAUAUAUUUCUAGUUAUUCCUAAACGACACUCUUAACUUAAUAUUUUUGUUUUCCGAUAUAUUUUAGUAUUGCAUCUAGUGGAGAGCAAACGUUAAUUUGGGACCUCUCAUGAAUUAGAACCAUUUGGUGUACUUUUCUAUUAUAUACAGUAUAUAAGACUUCUUUCUGUAAUGGGCAAACUAGGAACAAAUACCUUGGUUGUACUGAGCUUGGGAGCUACCGCAGGAGCUGGAUUGAUUAUUUAUUUUAUAUGCAACGAGAGGAAAAAAAGGAAGGUACGAAAGCUAAGACUGGAAAACAACUCAACACACGCGUUGCACAGGACGGAUGGGCCGACUGGAGUUCACAGCACUACACAAGCCCUGGAUAUCACAGGGUCUUCACUUGGAACACUGUCUUUGGAGCCAGACCGGGGUGUGUUGCCUGAACAGCAGGGGGAGCUGUGGAGCCGGCUGGACGCAGUGCUCCACUGUGUGGCUGAGCUGCGGGCUGAAGUGGCUGACCUGAGGAACGGUCUGCAGGGGAUCGCUGACCAGAUUGUCCAGGAUGUGAAAUUCAGUGUGGAGGAGAGUCAGAAGGCAGCACGCAAACGGAGAAUCUUCCUGCCUAGGGAGCGCACCGACUCUAUGAGCUCCAGCUCCAUCUACUUUUCAGCUAGUGCAGGCCCAGCCAGUGCAUACGAUGGGGAAAGUGAGGGAGGGUACACGACUGCUAACGCCGAGUCCGAUUACAAUGGAGAAACGGACAAGGACACGGAUGAGGAAGAUGAGAGUUGCGCAACGGUGAGGACGCUUCGACGAGACUCGCUCUGCCUGGAUGACGAUGAGCCUUCCUCCCAGCUUGACUUCGAACUGCCCAGUGAUGAGCUAUCCCUCCUGCUGGCGCAGAGUGACAGGCUGCACUCUGGAGCCAAGGAGGAGAAGGCUGAAGGUUUUCACCUGCUGCUCACAAACAAGCCCCUGUAUGGCGAUAGUAAAGAAUUCCAAUGGCGACUGGCACGUUCCUAUAAUGACAUGUGUGAGAUCACAGAAGACAAAGAAGAGAGGAAAUCCUACGCUGAACAAGGUCGAGAAGAAGCAGAAGCAGCUCUCCUGAAGGAUGACCAAAGCGCUGAAUGUCACAAGUGGUUUGCUGUUCUCACUGGGAUUACUUCGCACUACGAGGGUAUCCAUGGACGGCUGAAGAGUGGACACAUUUUUAAGUCCUACCUAAAUUUCCAGUCCCUGCUGAGAAAAACGUGGCAGGACAUUUCUGCUAAAACUGAAGAGCAAGCGAAAGUGAAAACGGGCCUGUUCCAUCUUGUCCAACGCUGUGGUUUCUUGUGCUUCCUGCAGGUGUCCAGUCUCGGGUGGCUGGAGAAGAAGGCUGCUGCUGCCUUGUACGAGAGCCCCCCCGUGGCCACUGUACAAGAGGCCCUGGAGAACUUUCUCAAGGCUGAAGAGUUGAGCCCUGGUUUCUCCAAGGCUGUGAGAGUCUAUAUAGCCAAGUGCUACAGGGAUCUGGGCAACAGCACAGAAGUCAAGAAGUGGGUAGAAUUGGCAUCUGAAAUGCCCAACAUGUCAUACGAGGUCAUUAACAGCACAAGCCUAGAAGAAACACUAGAGGCGCUGAGGGAGAAUUCCAUGUAAACCUUGUACUGCAUGUGAGAUGGAAAACAACUAGGACACACAGGUGGGGCACUGGGAGUCAGAAUGUCUGGAAGGUCUCUGUGGGUGUUUAAAUCACACUUCCAUCCUCCGUCAAGCAGGGAGUCACAGUGUCUGCGUGUGUUGGUGCUCUCUCGCUGUACUCACCCACUCUGGUCCGGAACUAACGGCAAAUCCGAAAUCCUACAUAUACCAAAUGUAAAAGAACUUUAUGCUGUAUAUGUCUUAAUAUGAAACAAAUUAUUGUUUAUUUUUAUUAUGUUUGAACAUUACAUAGGUAACGACUAAGAUAUAUGCUCUACGGUGCAUUGAACAGUGUAAUUGUCAUUCUUUAACCGUGAAAAUCUAGAAUGCAAAUAUAAUAAGUGAGAAGUUUAUGACUAUUUCUGAACAUAGCUGCAUUUCAUUAAUUCAUAAAAAAGUAAUGCUCUUCCCAACAAAUACAUUGUUCUCAUAGUUACAAAAACUCCAAACCACAUGAGCAGGGAUAAAAAAGAAAACAUAAUUCCAAGUGCAGAUAAUUGCAGAUUAUUGAUUAAAACAUGCCUUGUAUAAACUGUUGUAUUAACAAUUAUUACAAUUUGCACAUAGUAAGUAUUGUGUCACUUCUACUGAUAAAAUUUAUUUUGAGAACUCCGUGUUACCAAAACCUCUCUUUUUGGACUUAGUGUGGUAAGAACAUAAUUCACAUUAAUUUUGAAGUCCGCAUUUUCUUGGUUAAUUUACUCAUUCCCAUCCCAAAAAUAAAUAAAUAAGUAAGAUUUAUGUUGUACUCAACUGAAGCAAUGGUGUAAUUCUGGCAUAAAUGAUAUCUGUAUAUCAUCAUUCAAAGUGGGCUUAAGACUCCAGUGGAAAAGGUUUCGUCAGGGCAAACCACAAUAGCCAGAGGGACAUAAAUAUUAAAAUAUAAUUUAGUACACUUUCCAUUUGGGUCUCUCAAAGCAUUGGAUUGCUUAUUUCUGUGACUAAAGCAUGGAAAUAAGUACGUUCUCUGUGUAGUGAAGGAUGUAUGAAAAAGGAGUAUAUUCAUCAAACUGACAGUGAGGAGCUAACAGCUUUCAUCAUCAUUCCAAAGACUACUGCCAGUACAGUACAAACCAGGCACAUUCUCAGUAGGUCCUUUUGAAGUGUUUUCAAACAUAGUUUUUAUUUAUGAUUGUGGUUUAAUAUCUGGUAUUAUGGAAGUAUGUUUGUCUUAUUUUUUUUAUUUAAAUAUUGUUUUUUUAUUGAAGAUAAUUUUUAAUUUAAGAGUUUUGUUUGUAACUAAUGUGAUUUUUUAAUUUCAUUCCAUCAUCUUUGGAAAAUACUGAAAAUUGUUAUUUUGUACUCUGACAGCAGUGUUUCCCAGUCUUGGUCCUAAAAAGUUCUUUCUGGUUUUCAUUCCAGUUGAGCUCCUAAUUAGUUAAAUUGAUUUAAUCUGGAAAUUACGCAGUGGAUUGAUUUUUAACCAUUCUCUGCACUCAGGAUUUUUUCUCCCAGAUAAUUUCCUUUACUUGUAUGACUUCCAAGUAAUAUAUUGAACUGAAAUUUAUUAAAUCUUGGAUGCUUUCUUACAGCUUUCGUACUGACAAGCUAUAAGAGUUUUUUUUAAUGAUGUGCAAAUCCAGGUGGGACUGACACUGUCAAAUACAGCCAUGUUUUCUUAGUGCAGUAUGGACCUAAAAUUCAAUGAUGUCUUGAAAGAAUAAACAUAAGGAAGAGCAGAGCUGAAACCUGGCAUUUAUGACAUGUUUCAUGCUCAUUUCUAACCUUGUUUUAUUAAUUAAGAACUGGAGGGAUUGUAAACGUACAGAUCAGUUUGAUUUAAGGUCUUUAAGAAGCAAAUUAACAAGGUUCAGUAGGAAACCAGAAGAGAUGACACACUUUGUCUUUCAUAAAACUGAUGCACACAACAUGAACACAAGGAUUUUGCUUCCACUAUGCAUUCAAAAGCAUGCUAUUGGCUGACCAAGUGAUCAAUCAAGUCCUUGGUAUCAAACAGCAUCUACUGUACCUUUCUCCUCUUCUUUUUCCUUUAGAGAGAUCCAGAACAUUUUGGUUCUGAAAAAAGAUUACAGAGCUUGAUAGAACAGUGACCAACAUUUUGAUUCACUUGCAAGUAUUGGCCAACGGUAACAAAUUUUGGAAGAAAAUGAAGAAAACCCUUAUAAGUCUAAACAUUGGCCAUUGUUUGCUCUGUCUCGUCACUUUAUUUUUUUGGGAUUUGAAAACAUUUUCCAAAAAGUAUAUCUGAAUCCAUUCAAAGAAAAACGAACUUCUUUGCAGAUGCAGGUGUGUUUUGAUACAAGGAUUUGAAUAUACUAUAACAGCCUAAUCCAUUCCUAACCCAUACAUUUACAUUGAAAUGAAGAUUAAUUACUACAGGCUAUUGAGUGAACACCUGAAGGAAAGAUUUUAUUUUGUCCCAUUAAUUGUGAUAUUAUGCAAUAUGUAGAUAUAAAUUAAAUUCUAACCAAUAUGGAUAUUGUUAUAUCCAAUAUGGUCCCAUUAAUUGUGAUAUUAUGCAAUAUGUAGAUAUGAAUUAAAUUCUCACCAAUAUGGAUAUUGUUAAAUGUCUAAAGAAUUAUGAUCUGUUGAUAAAGAUAUUAUUAAUUAAGACUAUUUAGCUUUUAAUAUAGUCAGUCCUUCAAGAUAAACAAUCAACUAAGUAUAACAAAACAGCUAACAUUCUUUUUUUUAAGCUUUUGUUUUUUUUUAAGCUUUUGAAUGAAGAGUUUAUUCCUUCUGCCUAGUUUCAUAACCAAUGUUUUGUUUUACAUUUUGUGUUAAAUAUUCUGUAUGUACUGACUGUGGAAUAUUCUUACUUAUUUUUGCUAAAGAUAUUUCAUAUUUAUACUUGAUGCGUGCACUGAUGCUCUUUGGACAUUAUCUGUACUUUAUUCCGGUACGUGACAGAAUGAUUUGUAUAUUGGUAGAUGUUUUGCAUUACACUGAAGUGUGGGGAUGUUUUGUGAGGGUGUUGCAUUGUUUUUAAAAUACUAGCUAAAAAUUGAAAUGAAGUGUCAUGCUACAUUAGGGAAAAACACAAAGACAAUACAAUGGUCUUUUAUUCUACAUCCAAUGAGUUUAAUACAUUACAAGAUACUUGUAAAAUAUUUGUAUUAUGUUUGGCAAGUGGUGCUCAACCUGCUUAUCAUUUAGUGGUCAGGCAAAUGUUUAGGGUUGGCAGGAGGGGUUGUAAGUUUCUGUUGCCGUUACUUAGACUUAGAGUUUUGUUGAAAUUACUGCUACGUUAGAGAUACCUGAGUGUAUAUCAUACAAUGCUGUAAACAACAUAUAUAUCUGCAUUACAUAAAGAUGCAUACAGUGCAUACCACAGAGGAAAGUGACAUGCUGUUUUACUUUACAUUCAAUAUUGCUCUGUAGACCCUCAGAAUGAUUUGAUGAAAACGUACCUAGUUGAACAUUAUUUUACCAUUUUGUCAAUACACAUAGUACAUCAUGAAAUUCUAGAAACAAAUUGUGUUUAAAAAUCCAGAAUAACUAAGUGUGUUAGAACAGGUGUAGCAAUACUACCUUUAGGAACUUUACUAUGCUUUUGAAUAAUGCUUAGAAAUGCUGACUUCUGUGACGUCUGUGCUCUUCUGCAAUAGUAAAGGAAUUCAAACUCAUAUGUUACAAUACAGAUUUGACAAGUUAAAUAAACUAAUUUUGAACGCCGCUAAAAUACUUCUACAGAUGAUUGUUUUAACAAGUAGAAUUGUCAGAAUACUGUACUUCUCAUUUUAAUGAGAACAUCUUUUAUUCUAAAGCCUGGCAGUUACAAAUGUACAAACAGUAAAAUAUUUUAUCCCUGACAAAUAUAAUUUUCAGACUUGAAAAGGGAGGCAGACAUAGCUUGUUCAGCUUUUAAUUAUCUGUUUAUUAAUGGAAGAGAUAAAAAAGAAAAACUGUAAUACUGAAUUAAACAAACUCCCUCUUUUAAAAACUCAUCAUAUUAAAGCUAAAUAGCAUAUUUAGCAUUUUGUACAGUCUAUAUAAAUUUCAAGCACUUUUAAAUCAAAAUCAAAAUGGAGCUCCUGAAUGUUUCAGAUAAAACCUCUCAUUCUCUUAAAACAAAAAGUAACUCAUACAGUACCUAGACACCCUACUUCUUGCGGCCUUGUCCAUCUCUCUCCUAUGUCCUAUCAACUGUCUUCUGAAGAAGUGUUUCUCGCACAUAAGCUCUGAGGUUUAGGACGGUUGUGGGCUGGGAGUCUGUACCAGGGAACACUGUUGACUGCGAUGGAACUAAUCCAUCCUGGCAUAGGUCCAAAUAAUGUAACUGAAACAAAAGAAUGUUGGAGCCAGAGAGAGACACCAGGUGUUCCAGUGUAGUUUGUAAACAAUGCUGAAUUGGACUAUUCCUAAUAUUAAUAAAAUCAAUUAUACAGAAACAGCUUUCGGAACUGGGUGGCAGGGAGAAUGUGAUACAGCCAUCUAUUUUCUUAAGAUGUCAGUAAUCCGUGGGUUGUGUAACGAAGGGCUACACAGCUCUUGACAUGUUAUCCUAUUAGGAAUUUUAAUACACACAGCAGGCGUUCCCUUGCCCAGAUGUGAAGCACAGAACUGUGAACUGCACAUGUUGAGAAUGACCUGCAUUCUGGUCAAUUAGGCAGAAACAGAUGAUAGCAUAAACGGUGAUACGAGGAAUCCAGGCAUCACUUAACUUGUUUUUUUAUUUUCAUAAUGAAACAAUUUAUUGUUCUUUGUAUUCCUUUUUUUUAGUUUUUAGAACUGUUGACGCACAGACUUUUUGUAGAUGAUUUGAAGUGGCUGUGGUUUCUUUGGGGUUUUCUAUGAUGUGGCUAUAGGAGGAAAAUGUUGUCUUUGAAGAGGAAAACAAGUGACAUAAAAAUCAAUCCGGUUGUUCAAGAUCUGUGAAAGGUGCUACAGUCUGGUUUCUAUGGAAGCGGCCGAGGAAUACUGGGAUGUUUAAAAGGCAAAUUAGAUCAUUAAGCAACCACAUCUGAUCUUGUGUUUUGUUGAGGUUGAGGUUCAUUUUUCUUGUUAAGAAAGUUAACCCUUUUUUUCGAAAUAAGAAGGACAACAGUAAUCAAUCAUGAGGUGCCUCCUCUGGGAAGCACAAGAUGAUAAUGAGUCUCAGAAGAGCAUGAGACCAAGUUGUAAAAAGAAGUGGGGAAAAGAAUAGGAUCAUUUCAAAGAGACCUUUGACUUUGACUUGUUUUAUGAAUGUUAUACAGAAACCGCAUUUCUCAGUGGUUGAACAGAUUAGAAUCUCUUACCUCUUUUAUCCGUUUCCAGUUAAACACAUCCAAAAGUCCAGUAAACCAGUUUGCAAUGGGUAGGAGAUGGGACUGUGGAUCUGGAAACAGAAAUAACAGUGAGAGUCACACUGGAUGGAGCAGUUACAGAGCUUUUUUUAGUCCAUGAUCUCACUAGGCUCUCAGACACAGUGACAAGAGGGCAAUAACUAAACUGCUUUGAUGACAUUUUUGCCAUUUUGGUUCCUGUCAGAUUAAAAUAUUAAAUUUUACUAUUUGGUAUAUAGUACUAGAAGCUGAGAUCAACCUGGUACAAUUUUCUUAAAAAAAAAUGUUAACACUAGAAAAGUGUUUAAAAAUAUACCAAUAUACAAAUACAGUAUACAAUGUACUACGCUACCAAUCUCAUAAUAAAGUAAAAGUCGUUUAAGUUAAAAUCACAGUACUUUUGGAUAAUGAGAAAGGGUACUUGCACUGAAUGUAGCUGCAACUUGCCUAAAUCAAAUCCUGGACUCCCUAUUGUCUGACCGUUUCAAGACACUGCAGUUUGUAAAAAAGAUAAACAGAGAAUAUUUGCAGAAUAAGGUUGUUUUCAGAGUCUAAAAUUUAAGUCAUUGAAUCUAAACAGAUUUUAAUAUAAAUAACAUAUGCAAUAGUAGUAUAAACUAUUAACUUGUUUUUGCCUUGUUACUUUGGAGUUUUUCCUCAAACACGUAAUAUAAUAAUUGUGUUUACAAUUAAGCCAUAUAGGCUUAAUCAUAUAGACAAAUAAGCCAUGUCUAACUUUAAAAUGUGUUGUUGGGAUUUUAAAAGAAGUGCACUGACAAAAAUGACUAGUCUUUUGCUACAUUUUAGUGUUUUUUUCUGUCAAAUUGCCAUUUUAUUUUAUGUUUAUAAAUGCUUUACCCAGAAAUCUCUUCUGUCUGAUGUCUAUGAAAUUCUGUUGCUUCUACAUAAAAAAUUAACUAAUUAAAGUAGACUGGAAACAGAAUUUAAUAUGUCUGACCUGUAAAACACAUGUAUUUUUCUCAAAAUUGUAAGCUGUGAAACUGCUUAUUGGUAUAGAUAUUAGGAAUGCUUAUUAAACCACUUAUAGGAAUUUGGGGAAUAGAAGAAAAGGUUUAAAGUACUGUACUACAAAUGUCAUUAACUUUUAAAUAGAUAUGGAUCUACAUUAAAGACUGCUAUCUUUCAAAACCCCACUAGUCUCCUUCACUGUCUUUAGAAAUACAAACCUGAGUUUUAAAGUCUGCCUUAUUGAAUUGCCUUCAUUCAAACUUUAGUUUUAUUGGCUUGAUUUGUUAAUUCCACCUAUUGUAUCUUAAUAAGUUCAUAUAUUCCCUGCUCUUAUGUGAAGUGUAAUUUGGAACAGCUGUGGUGUACGCUGUGUUUAAUAUGUGGUUGUGAUGGAAAAUAAAAAUCAUGUAGUUAAUAAAGUGGAUAAUCCUUUA